AUGGCAUUCCAAACCAGCGUCCUCAGAGACGGGGAAUGGGUGACGGAGACGGCAAACUUUCAAGCCGCCCUGGAACAGGCAACAGCUUCCACAGUUGCCGCAGCUACCGAAGGGCCGGACAUUGAAGGACGCUCCUUGCCUGUCGCAUGCGGCAUCUUGUCUAGGACUAUUGUCGACAGCCCCGUCGCCUGUUGGAUCCUUCCCGUCCGGCUGAGGUCCGAGACGCACAACGAUGUUGCCUUCAUCGGAGAACAUUUUGUGCAAAUCAACGAGCUUCGAGGUGACGGGCAGAUGCACCAAAUUGUGCGUAAGAGCGACUUUGGUGCUAGAAUCCGGAACGCAGUGGUCCUCGGAGACCCUUUACAGCAUGGACUCGACGACGAAAACUCGAGCUUUGCCGUCGAGCCGGAGGGCUCUGAUUGCUCAAUGCCAGACGCAACAGUUCCGGCAACGGCAGACGCCAGCAAGCGAUGCCUUCCUCCCCAGCUACUCGUGCUCAUGCUGGAGUCUGGUGAUGCCAUCUUUCUAUUUUUGAGGCGGCAGCCUGACAAGUCCCUUGACUUCGUCCUUGCAAGGCACACUCUUGCCAAGAAAAUACCCUACAUGGGGUUUCAUCUGGCAGUAGAUCCGUCAUCCCGCUACAUGGCUUCUGCAUCUGCCGAUGGUCUAUUUGUAACUUAUGAGCUCGAGGCGAUGUCUGCACUCAAUGCGCAGUACCAGUCGCGGGGCACUUUCACCCCGGUUAAGGCUGUUCGUCUGCGGUCCAUACACGGCGUCAUCCACAAGCUUGGCUUCCUCUAUCCCCAGCCUACAGAAGGCCGUCACAUCAUCUUGAUCCUUCUCGUCGUUCGAAAUGAGAGGAAUCUCGGAGAGCCCGUCACUCGCAUGCUCAACUAUGAAUGGGAGGUCGGAGAUGACCUCAAGAGCGUUUUUGCCGCGGAGAAGGUUGGCUACCGGUUGCCAAAAGAGCACGAGAUGCCGCUUCUCUUUAUUCCUCUGAAAUUUAACAACUCCUUCUUCAUUGUCUCCUCUAGCCUCAUUGGCAUCGUCAAGGACUGUCUCACGGGGUCGCCAGUGUUCGAGUCGUUGCGAACAGAUGCCCCUAGUCAAACUGGCUUAUUUCACGGCACGGGGAGCCCAAUUUGGACGGCAUGGGCCAGGCCAUUCCGACACAAGGGAUAUUUCGAGAGAACUGAUAUCAUCUAUCUAGGCCGAGAAGACGGCGUCAUCGUCCAUGUCGAGAUGGAAGCUACAGAUUUGGUGCCUUCUGUGACAAACGUGGGGUGCCUGGAUUCCAACAUCAACACCGCGUUUGCUACUGCAUACGACACCUUUUCCGAUAUUUUGAUUAUUGGUGGAGAUAGUGGGCCAGGAGGUAUAUGGAAGCUUGCGCCUCGCACCGAGCUCGAACAAGUGAGCGUUUUGCCCAACUGGUCGCCUGUUAUCGAUGCCACCGCGACUGUGCGGCAUGCCGGUAACGCUGCCACGGCCACAGGCACUGGCGGAACGCAGUCUGCCACCGCCAGGCAGUCGAGUCUCCACGAGCCAUGGACGCAGCCUGACACGUUGUUCACAGUGUCAGGCCGUGGAGUGAAGGGCAGCGUCACGCAGUGGAGGUGGGGUGUGCAGGCGCGCAUUGGCCUGGAGGUGGAAUCCGGUGAGCCAGUCAGACAGUCAUGGGUACUGACACUAAGGGAUGGAGAACGAAGAAGACUGCAUGCGCUGCUCUCACUCCCUUACUCAUCACUUGUGCUUCGAUUUUCGGAAAACUUUGAUCAGGUCGACUCACUCGGUGCAGACGAUUCCCCCUUUGAUCUUGCAUCCAGGACACUGGCCGCUUGCGAAACGGCACAAGGCGGAAUAGUCCAAGUCACGGAACGGACCGCUACCUCCAUCAGGGGUGGAGAAAUCACACGAGUUUCAUUCGAGGAACUUCUCGGUCCGGAUGUCGGCACAGUUGACAAUGCCUUUGUUGCAGACGACACAGUCGUCAUAUCCUCGCAUGGCAGACGAGGUUCGCAGUUGCAUACGUUUUCCCUCGCGGUCAAAUUCAAUCGCGACAGCACGUGGGACGUCCAGGGGGAGACGACUUGUGUCUCGCUUCUCACUGUCUCCAAUCGUUUCUUCGUCGUUGCGGGCUCGAUGCUGGACGGAAACCCAUGGUUAUCGGUCUACACAUUGAACGGAUCAGUCAUCGCAAGUCAAAGAGUUUCCAACGAGACCGGCAUCCGAUUUGAGGCACUGACGAGCUUGUGCGCCAUCCACCAGGACAAAGGCGAAGUGCACAUCGCCGCAGGGACCAGAUGCGGCCACCUCCUCAACAUCAAGCUCCCCGGUCAAGAGUCCGAGGAAAUCACCUGGACCGCCGAGACCAUUGGGCUCGCACCGGUGGAAGUGUCACUCGCAUCCAGCUCAUUCAACGGCACGGGCACGGCGCUCAUGUGCUGCGAUAAUGCGCUCACGGUGAUGACCGACUUCUCGAAGCGUGACGGCAAGUUCAGACGGAAGCAUGCCGUUUGGCUGACGGAUGCAAACGACGCGUCGAUGCCCUCGCCCCCCGUGCAUUCGGUCUGCAGCCUGAAGCGAAACUUGUCUCGCUAUUCCGGACACCUCUCUCUGAUGGUUCAGGCUGGAUCCAGGCUACUUCUGGCCGAGACCUGGCCUCACGUCGGACUUGUUCCCAGAAGCAUACCUAUCGAGGGCACGCCGACGAGGAUCAUCUACUCACAGACGUGGGAUUGCUUGGUGAUAGCGCUACUUAAACAUAAUCAGCCGACUUUGGCGUUUGUUGACGCCGAAUCGGGCGAGAUAAUAUCGGUGCCAUCGGACAAGGAUGGGAAUGCCUCCGAGUUCAUAUCAGGCCUUGGCCACGUCGGUGACAGAAUCUACGGCUUGCAUGAGUGGCUGUACACCAAGGCCGGCAAGACCUUCUCAUUCAUCUUAGUAGCUACCAAAGACGGGCGGUUGCUCAUCGUAUCCGUGAACAAGAUGAAGAGCAGGCCACAAGAGGGACAGGCGACACGGCUACACUAUUGGACGCGGCACAAGAAGGUUAUCGGGCGGCCGAUCUAUUCGGUCGUCGGAGAUGACCAAGGCAUCGUGUUCUGCGCCGAUAGGACACUUCACUGGGAGGUCCUGGACCUGGUCGAGAAAAGACUGAAGCCGAUGGGUAAGUACGAGCUGGACUCGGCGGCGAUCUCGCUCCGUCUAGUGCAUGGAACUAUAUUCGCCCUGACGACGAUGCACUCAUUGGAGAUUAUCGGAUAUCGCUACAUGGCAGACGGAAAUGAAGGCAUGGCCCUCAUGCACUCGGAUCGAGUCUCGAGGAGGACGGUCCACAUGAUGUCUGCCGGGUGUCCGACCGACCGACAUGGCCGCUGGCCCGUCACCCUGCUUUCCGAUCAAAAAGGCGGCUUCGCGGGAAUUCGGAUUCCUUGGGGCCAACAUGGCAAGGAGUUUGCCACAGUCUUCGAAGGCGCGUUGCCGCAGUCGGUGAGGCGCUUUGUGGGUGCUCGAAGCCGACCGUUUUGGCUAGCGGGUGAAGGCCACGACGUUCGCUUCGGCACGCUGCCCAGCGGUAGCGACGGUGUAGAGAUUUUUGGAUUCUCACUCAACGGUUCCCUUCAGCAUUUCACACUGAUCGGCAUCCAGCUCUGGCGGUUCUUGCACUUGAUCCAGAAGAUGGCAAGCUCGGCUCUGGACGGCCAUGGCUCAGCGACAGCCACGGUAUCCAUCAAGGCGGCAGCCGAAGGCGUGAAAGAUAUGAGGGAUGAAACCGGCGGUGAUGACGAGGGCGUGCGUUCAGCUUCCAGGCAUCCUACACUGAUGCACAUUGACGGAGACAUGAUUGAGCGCUGCUGCCGCCGGUGCUCACUGGGACAGCUGGUCGGUACCACUGACGGAUUUAUUCUAUUCUGCCAAUAUCUGGACGGUCUGGACGGCGGGCGGCACACGCAAGGCUUUCGAAGCGAAGAGAUAUCAGAGUCGGUGAGACGUGAACGAUAUCUCGCGCUCGGGGACGAGAUCCUGGAGUAUCUAUUCCGGCCUGUGAUUUAG